AGAGAAUUUCCCAAAAAGAAAAAGUAGAUGGCGACGUCGAAGCUUCAAGCACUCUGGAACCACCCGGCGGGACCUAAGACAAUUCAUUUCUGGGCUCCAACUUUCAAAUGGGGUUUAAGCAUUGCUAACAUUGCAGAUUUCCAGAAACCUCCAGAGAAUAUUUCAUACCUUCAGCAAAUUGGUAUAUACACACAUUGUGCUGUGACAUGUACUGGAAUGAUUUGGUGUCGUUGUAGCACUGUAAUCACUCCUAAAAACUGGAAUUUGUUCAGUGUUAAUGUUGCUAUGGCAGCGACAGGAGUAUACCAACUUUCUCGUAAAAUAAAGUAUGAUUAUGUAACUGAAGGAGAGGCUGCUGCUGAAAAUGAAUGAUGAUGAAAAAUUUGUGAAAGCUUUCUGAUGAAAAGGUUCUUUCGCAAGUGUCUUGUAACGACAUUUCUUUUCCAAAUCAACAUAUGCCAAUGUUUGAUUUUUAUUAGACAGUGAAUGAUAAGAGUCACAUGCUUGAUAAAUAAUAAAUCAACAUGUUCUCCAAAGAUAUAUCAAUGUGUCUUCGUCUCGAGUCUGAGUAAAUUAUGAUUGAACAAUUGGGGAAUAUGAUUGAUUGUUGUGGAAUUUCAAUAAGGUUUAAGCUGUUUCAAUUGCUA